GCCAGAAGUGCCGGAGCUUCUGCAGCAAGCCUCCUUGGGAGUCGAGGCAAGCGCUUGGUCCGAAGUACAGGACUUCAACUGGUUGAAGCGGCAGGCCUCCCCCAAUUGGCGAGUGGUGCCCAGCGGAAAGCGGCGCCAGAGCUUGGAGUGGCAAAGUGCAGAAGAGGUACUGAGACACUUUCAGGAUGAGCCUCUUCCUCCAGCACUGCCAGAGCUAAUGCUUUAUGAAAGCUGUUGGGACUCAACAGAUGCAACAGUCGAUGAGUUCUGAUUCGGCUAAGACGGCUGGACAGAAAAAGCUGAGGGCAGAAGAGAGUGCGAGAGAUAAGUCAAUGAAGAUAGUUUGCAUGAAGAUUCAACCGAUUGUGCCAAGUGAGUGCUGUCGUUGUUUUUUGAAAGUAAGCCAGCUUCGCAGCCGUUUGCGUUUCAGAUGCCAGCCAUAAGAGCUAGGAUCCGUAAGAUCCACUCCGUUUCCCGCUGGCUGAUUUGCUUUGUGAUAGCAAUCCUGGGACUUGGGGCACGCCUCAUGUCGAGCCUAAAACCUGGCAAAGACUUCACAGGUGUUGGCGUUGGCGCGUUCAUUUUUGAUGAGCACGGGCGAGUGCUGCUGCUAAAACGCAGCAGCUCAGCAAGAACGGCACCAGGCGCCUGGGCCAGGCCUGGAGGUGCCGUAGACUUUGGUGAAAGCUGUGAAGCCGCACUGGCGCGAGAGAUUAGGGAAGAGACGAACCUGGAGAUCGCUGAGCCUCAACUGCUCGAUGUCACAUCCGAACCAUCUGGCGGAAGCCACUGGGUGUCAAUAGGCUACACUGCUGAAUUGGCACCCGGCUGCCAUGCAGAAGAUGCCAAGAACAUGGAGCCAGCAAAGCACGAUGACAUUGGUUUCUUUGAUUUGGAGGCCUUGCCAACACCGCUAGCAGACUUCACUGCCAAUGCCAUCCCUGCGCUGCGAGCUAUGCGAUAA